GAGAAAAUGUGGUACACUGGCUUCAUGAGGCCAUGGGAGGGUUUCAAAGAUGCCGUCCUGGACAAUUGGUUGAAUCAGUCUUACACUGAUAUUUUCAAGGAAGUACAAGGGACUCGGUGGUCUGGUCACUUCUUCAACAAGAAGAUUACUGUUGUGCGCGAUGAUGCCGAGCUGUUUGAGAGUGACUUCGAAGACGACGUAUUACUUUCCGCUUUAAGUGUAAUGGACAGACUACUGAUCACCGAAAGUCUCAAAAGACUAACCAGGACGAGAGGGUGCCUCAUGGCUAAUGCAGAAGAAGAAGAUAUCGCUACCGAAGACUGUGUAUGGGCACCACGCUAUGUUUUCAGGUUCAACAACUUCGGCGAGCGACGUGAGACACGUCUCAUCGGGCACGUUGAAUUUCUCGCAGGACGCCCUGGAGCUCUGUCCGAGGCUUACGAAUUGCGAAAGACCGCGAAAUGGGGAAGUCUUCGUUGCGUUCUCGGUGACAUCGUCCAAUGGAUGCUCAUGAACGACCAUCGUUACUCUUUCCUAGUCAGCACCGACGAAAUCAUGUUUCUCCGCAUGGAUAUCAAGGCUGUGAAAGUCAACGACAGGAACAACAAUCUCCAACCCAAGACCGUACUUUACGAACCAUGGUUGCAUUACUCCGUGCCCAUGAAAAUCGCGGACGCAUUCGAUUACGGGAAAAACACGAUCACAACUCGCAUGGGCAUAUUCCAUCUCUUAUGGUUGGUCAUACAGGACGACCGGAAGUGGCGUUUGCCUGCUGAGACGGGUAAUUGUCUGAAUUACGCUACCUUCACUGGUGACGAGGAAGAUCUGAUUCCAAGACGUACGUGUGUGCCGGGGCCGUGCGUGGCAAAGUAG